AUGAAUACUCUAACGGCCGUUGUGAGCAGGAUCGGCUGGGGUGUUCUGUGCGUCGCUGGUGGAGGCGCAUACUACUUUGCAAAGAGAUCUAUCAAUGCGGACCGAGCUGCUCGGUUUGAAGCGGAACAGCAGAAAAAGUACCGACAGCAACGCUAUGAAGACAAACAGUACUCGUUCAACAAUGCCCCUGCUACCUCCAAAUCGAAAGUAAGAACGAAAGAUCAGGCAGACCCGUUCACUGGCACGCACAGUACGAAAGGGCUGGAUCAUGCAGGCAGUCCGAGCAGCGAGAUAAGUGAGGAUGCGGCACCGGUCGGUCAUGCGCCAGUAGAUGGCGAGCAGAGGGUGCGCGAGAAGAGCAAAUACGAAGCUGCAGAACCGUUCAGGAGCAAGAAAGGUGACCGCUUAAGCUGA